UCUAAAUAUUCGUGUUGGAUUGUAUAAAACACCCGUGACAAAUUCAAGUGUAUGAGAGUCUCAUUAAUAGUUGUAAGCAUUUAUUUCAUUAAUUUAUUCCUAACUUCCGACAGGUGAACUUGGCAAUGUACAAACGUGCCUCAGGCUAUCGCCCCUUUCUAUACAACAUAACCCAGGAUAUAUGUGCCUUUUUUGCCAAUCGAAAACGUUACCCGAUCGUAAAAGUCAUAUUUGAUGUUUUCUUGAAGCAGUCCAAUUUGAAUCAUACUUGUCCCUAUAAUGAUGCAAUUAUUGUUAAGGAUUUGAUAUUGGAAGAGGACCUCUUUCACUUUUUCCCCAUACCCGAGGGUGAAUAUCUUUUCAAAAUAACAGUGUCGGCCAACAACGACUUGAAAGCAACGGUAGAGGCAUUCUUUUACCGAAAAGAUUAA